AUUAUUGAAAAGUCGAAACUCACGAAGUUUUCUCCCUUCCCAUCAUCGUUAAAAAAUCGGUUCCAUUUUUAAUAGGAACUGAAAGUAGUUUUUGAAAAGCGGCACAAUACAAGAAGGCGAAGAAGAACAAUCACGCAUUGAGUUCAGCUGAGAUAAUAAGUAACAAGAUUAGCUAAAACCCUAAUCAAACGAUGGCGGUGGCGAAUGAAGGCGCCCCGCUAGGUUCCUCCGUAAUCUCAUUAGUCAACAAGCUUCAAGACAUUUUCAGCCGCGUCGGAAGCCAAUCCACCAUCGACCUCCCUCAAGUAGCGGUUGUCGGCAGCCAAAGUAGCGGCAAGUCUAGCGUCCUCGAAGCCCUCGUCGGCCGUGACUUCCUCCCACGUGGCAAUGAAAUAUGCACAAGAAGACCACUCGUCCUUCAACUCGUUCACACUCCACCCUCCCAAUCCGAAUCCGCCGAGUUUCUUCACUUACCUGGCCGUACAUUCUAUGAUUUCUCUCAAAUCCGUGCCGAAAUUCAGGCUGAAACUGAUAGAGAAGCUGGAGGGAACAAAGGUGUUUCCGAUAAACAAAUUCGUCUCAAGAUCUUUUCGCCUAAUGUUCUUGAUAUUACUCUUGUCGAUCUUCCUGGCAUUACCAAAGUUCCCGUCGGUGAUCAACCUUCAGAUAUUGAAGCUCGUAUUAGAACCAUGAUCAUGUCUUACAUCAAAGUUCCCACUUGUCUCAUUCUCGCCGUCACGCCCGCUAAUUCAGAUUUGGCAAACUCCGAUGCACUUCAAAUGGCCGGAAAUGCUGAUCCUGAUGGUCAUAGAACUAUAGGUGUCAUAACCAAGUUGGAUAUCAUGGACAGAGGUACGGAUGCUCGGAAUCUUUUACUGGGAAAAAUUAUUCCCCUCCGACUUGGUUAUGUCGGUGUUGUAAAUCGGAGCCAGGAGGAUAUUCUGGUGAACAGGACUAUAAAGGAGGCUCUGAUUGCUGAAGAGAAAUUUUUCCGCAAUCAUCCUAUAUAUAGUGGUCUAGCUGAUAGUUGUGGCGUUCCUCAAUUGGCAAAGAAGUUGAACAAGAUUCUUGCACAACACAUCAAGGCUGUGCUACCAGGGCUGAAAGCACGUAUAAGCACUUCACUAGUUACUCUUGCUAAAGAACAUGCAAGCUAUGGUGAAAUCACAGAGUCCAAGGCUGGACAGGGUGCUCUUGUCCUGAAUAUUCUUUCAAAAUACUGUGACGCGUUCUCCUCCAUGGUUGAGGGAAAGAAUGAGGCUAUGUCUACAUCUGAACUAUCAGGUGGAGCACGGAUUAAUUAUAUUUUUCAAUCCAUAUUUGUGAGGAGUUUAGAGGAAGUGGAUCCGUGUGAAGACUUGACUGAUGAUGAUAUUCGUACAGCCAUACAGAAUGCAACUGGACCCAAAGCAGCACUGUUUGUUCCAGACGUUCCAUUUGAAGUCCUUGUGCGACGGCAAAUAUCUCGGCUGUUGGAUCCAAGUCUUCAAUGUGCCAGGUUUAUAUAUGAUGAGUUAAUGAAGAUCAGCCACCGCUGUAUGGUGACUGAAAUGCAGCGGUUCCCUUUCUUGAGAAAGCGCAUGGAUGAAGUUAUUGGGAACUUUUUACGAGAAGGCCUUGAACCCUCAGAGAAUAUGAUCACACACAUAAUAGAAAUGGAGAUGGAUUACAUAAACACUUCCCACCCAAAUUUUAUUGGUGGAAGUAAAGCAUUAGAAGCUGCAGCGCAACAGACUAAGUCUUCUACAGUUUCUCUGCCAGUUUCUAAAGUGAAGGAUUCUUUGGAGUCUGAUAGGGCACCAGCUUCUGAAAGAAGUGGGAAGUCUCGAUCUAUUCUUGCAAGACAUCCAAAUGGAGUAAUGGCUGAUCAUGGUGUCCGUGCUGCAUCAGAUGCUGAUAAAGUAGUACACUCAGGAACCACUGGUGGAUCUAGUUGGGGGAUCUCAUCCAUUUUUGGUGGAGGUGAUAACCGUGUGUCUGUGAAGGAGGAUACAACUAGUAAACCUCAUAAUGAUCCAGUUCAAAGUUUGCAGUCGUUCUCUACAAUUCAUUUAAGAGAGCCCCCUCAAGUCUUGAGGCCAUCUGAGAGAAGUUCAGAGACAUUAGCUGUUGAAAUUGCAGUAACAAAGUUGCUUUUGAGAUCAUAUUACGAGAUUGUCAGAAAAAAUGUUGAAGACCUAAUUCCUAAGGCGAUUAUGCACUUCUUGGUAAAUAACACAAAGAGAGAGCUGCACAAUGUCUUCAUCGCAAAUCUAUAUAGAGACGAUCUGUUUGAAGAGAUGUUGCAAGAACCUAAUGAGAUAGCUGUUAAAAGAAAACGCUGUCGAGAACUGCUCCGAGCUUAUCAACAAGCUUUUAGGGACUUGGACGAACUACCUCUUGAAGCUGAAACAGUUGAAUGGGGACAUGGUUCACCUGAAACAACUGGCUUGCCUAAAAUUCGUGGAUUACCAACUUCUUCUAUGUAUUCUACUAGCAGUUCAGGAGACAAUGUCUAAGAAGUUUGCGUGUUCUCCCAAGAACCUAGUGCAUAAGAAGUAUUCACAUUCUGGGGAGCUUAAAUAACUUUUGCAUGCUUGUGAAGUUUCAAAUGGAAGUUGAGUGCUAUACUUGUCAGGUUUUGAUCCCAUGGCUGACAAAUUAGCUAGCUGGUCAUGCUUGUUGGCUGAGGGAAUUGACUAAAACCUAGUAUUUCAUUUAUACGUUUGCACUUCUGCAAUUUUUGGGUUCCUGGAGCCAGACUCUUUUAACUACUAUUUCCAACUGAAAUGGUGAGGAGUGUUGGUUGGUGCUUUCUUUAUCCAAUUUCCCUUCUCUUCUGAUAUAGCGUUGGCAGAACGAAUAACAGGAGCGGUUGAUCUCCGACAUUCGUCAUUACAUUCAUGUAUAAUAUCAUUACCAUUUUUUUGUUAGUUAAAUAUUGUUCAUAGAAACUUUCCAGGCUGUGCUCUGAGUUUGCAUUUUUUUCAUUAUUGAUUUAUUCGCCAGUGGCAGACUUGGCUUUGUGAAA